GUCUAUCUCUGGACCGCUUUUACUUGGACAUUCCAUUCUGUUACCUUCGCUUAAGACCCUUUUGUCACAUUUUUACUUCUCUAUUCGAUCCGCAGCUUGCUGUCCUCCUUCACGUUUCCAACAUGAAGAAGCCGUGGAGAUCAGCAGCCAACACUGCUCCCACUGCUCAGCCUGUUGAUAUACAGCAGUCCAAUAUCCGCGGCAGGAUAUCUGGGCCUGUCCCUAUUUCGACUUCUUUGGAUGACGAGUUCCCAAUUCGCAACCCAGGUACCAACAUGGCUACGCCUGUCCAGGGUGAAUUCAAAGAAUCCCAGACUGAGCCCACCCUAUCGCGCAACGAUUUCAGAUCUCCCACGUUCCCAGAGCAUCGUCGAAAUGGACCUCACGCUUUCAGGGAAGAGCCGAGGUCCUCGUUGCAUGCUCGACAGCCCGGCACAAUAAGUCGCUUGCAAAAGGCUGAACCAUCUAACAAUGUGCGGCAUUCCUUCGUCAGCGCGGACACAAGGGACAAGGAGCGCCCUCAACGGAAGCAGUCAACUCUCCGAGGCGCUUUGGGGAAGCUUUUUAAUCGAAAAAAGAAACCAAGCGGCAACGAAAGUUCCAACAAUACUGAUUCAGAAACCGGUUCCACGCCAAUGCGCCCCGGGCCAUACCGUCGAUCAACGGGUGAAGAUGGCCAAGACUCGGUGCCUAGUUUAAGCCACAGGGACAGGUCAGCUCCCAGGUCACGGACUCGACCUUUCCCAGGAGCAGAAUCCAAGCGAUCAGCUUCCCUGCCCAUCACUGAAUUUGAUCGGGCGUUAAGAUCCCACUCUAUUCGCCCAGAAGAUGUUCGCGCCAUCGAGAGCGCGCGCAACUCACUGAGCGCUGACUUUGGUGUAUCGCACGCUCGGAUAAGUGUAACCAGGUUGCGUGAGUACAACUUGGCGGGCCUUUCACCGCGACCUGCUAGUAGCCAUGGCCGGGAGAGUCGGCAAGACCAGAGCGAUGACAACGCUCACGAGAUUGGCCGUGCAAUCACCAGCGACCUCCCUGGUGUACGCCGAAGAUCGCGGAGCUUAUCGGGGCUACCAGAUGAAAGCCAUGGCCAUACUCGUCGACGCAGUGAUGAGAUUAAAUAUUGGAGGGAGAGUUACGGCCCAACCUUCAUGUCCCCAGUGUCUUCAAACCCCGCAGAAGGAGAAGGCAUCGCCAUAGAAGAAAUCGAACAGGCCCAGCAAGUAGAAGACGCUCCAAAACAAACAGAGGCAGAGCCUUUCAAUUUUGGAUCCUUUGCAGACAUGAAGCAGGUGGGAGGCAUGAAAAUCACACAUGCAGCAAACCUAGAAACCCGGAUAAACAAUCUCGAAUCUCGAGUCUAUCGGUUGGAGCAGGCUCUCGACCGAAUGUGUGAUGCUGCUCCAGGCUGGCAGUCACACCAAGGACCACCAGAUCGACCUGCGCCCCCAAUCCCGAUUGGUGGUCAAACCAACACGGAUUUGCCAGAUCACCAGGCUGAUCGAAGCAGAUGGGACCAUAGAAAGAGCCUCGGUCGUUCCAGCGGCCACCCAAAUUAUUCAAAAGCAGGCCAGAGGGGAAGCGUGUUGCUUGAUCCGCAUUCUUCGGCUAUUCUGAGUGACAGCAACAAAGACCGUCCCACCUCGACUGCAACAAUUCGUGGUGCAGCUAGUCUCCCGAGCCUUCUUAAGAACACCCCCGAGGUCUUUACCAUGGACCAUUAUACAACACUCCUUGCCCUGAUUCAUACCGAACGCUCAGCUCGAGAAGCUCUAGAGACUCAGGUUAAGACGUUUGGCCACCAACUGAGCAUCUUGUCCCAUUCGGUAAACACGAAUAGCGGAUUCGAUCCGCCCCCGACAGCCAAAUCCUUCGGUGACAGAUCUGCGUUUGACCACGACGAUGACGACGAUAAUCUCACAUCCUUGGCGAUCAUGACAAGAUCGCAAAGUCGACAUAUCGACCCCGAGGACUCGGGUAUUGGAACCGGCCAUGGAGACGAGAGCGAAUACUCUGACACUUUUGAAACCCCUCGUGAAGAGGGACAUAGCUUCGGAGCGUUCGGUGAAGAUCUGGACAAGGAAGAUCUGGCGCAAACCAAGGCGGCACGAACGCUUUCCCUGUCACAACUCACUAUGGGUCGGGGCACUCAGAAGUCUUCACAGCAGGUUCAUCGGGUGAUAUAACCAGUUACGUCCUCUUCACGGAGCACGUUGCACCAUCGAGGCGCUCCAAAAACUAACAUCCCCGAUCACACAUAUCUCUCUUAUCCAAGAAUACCUACCUUAGUUGUACGAUAUUUGGUGG